GUCAGGUCCUGCGGUCUGGAGCUCGAGCGCUUCAGGCAUUCUGACCGUACACCUUUCCGCGCCCCCUGACCUCGACUGGUGCUCGUCCGAUCAGGUGCUGAUUUCGGACGAACGCCCGACAGUGCUGAUGCCGGGCGAGUGCUUCCGACAUCCCGUCUUGCAUGAUGACGGGUCCGACGCGGGCUCUGUGGUUGGCGUGGUGCGCAGAGUAAUGUCGGACAACCCAGGGGGCACCGCCUACGAAGUGGAAAACUUUGCUGCUGGAGACCAAUACCUGUCAUGGUGGCUUAAUUCACGGAUUGCGAAGCGAGAGAAGAUGAUCUUACACGUGUGCCGUGGGCCAGUCUCGCGAUGUCGCUACACGGCACCGCGGGCGGGGUGCCAGGUGUUCCACACCAGAGCGCCCCAGAGGCUCACGGCCGCUCAGGCAGCCGAGCGGCACAUGGCAGUGCUCCAGCACGAUGAGGAUUGCCCCGAGCUGCCGGCUGAUGUCGCUCAGGCCGCCUCACAUGAGGCUGAGGCCGCUGAGGAGGACGAGGGGCCGCCGCCGAGUCCCGCCGCUUUCGCUGGCCCGGCCAGGAAGCGCCCCGCCGGCGUAGGCAAGGCUGGGGGCGACCUGGUGGAGCUCGACGGCGACGAGGAGGCCGACGAGGCGGACGCGGACGCCUUCGCUGAGCUCGACAGGGAGCUCGCAGCGCUCUCAGGCAAGUCCGAGGGCACGAAGAGCUCGGCGAAGGACGGCUACCUGGAGCGCCUCAACAAGUUGCGGGAGAAGCUCGCGACAGUGCGCGGCCCGGAGGCCGCUGCGGGCGGGGCCACGGCCGCCGCACCCACCAAGAAGGCCAAGCUCGGCGACGUGGUCCAGGCGAGGAUGACUGGACAGGCGCCGAGUGCUGCCGCUGCUGGUCCAGCAGAUGGCAGUCGUGCUCGCGGCUCAGGCGAGCGGGCAGUGCUGAAGACGCUCGCCGAGUACCUGAGUCAGAAGGGCGACGACGACGACGACGGCCUGUUUGACAGUGAUGAUGAUCGCGUCCCUGGCGGGCGCCCUGUGGCGGCCCGCCGCCUCGCGUACAAGAAGAUAGCGGAGAAGCAUCCAGGGCGCCUCUCGGAGAGGGAGAUGGAGAACAUGGCGCAGUUUCUGGACCAUGAUGAUGCUGGAGGUGUGAACAAGCAUAGCCCCGUGGCGCUCAAGUUCUUGCUCCGGGUGCUGAAGCCCGCGCACCCCAUUCGUGAGAUUGGUGAGGACCGGUACCGCGAGCUGCGGACGCUCGCGGAGAGUGCGGACCUCAUAGUCUCAGGCAAGCCCAUUCACGCCUUGGACUUCAUCUUCUGCAGGAUCAAGGCUAUCCAGAAGACCAUGCGGGAUGGCCCGAGCCGUGGUGGAAGCCCGGACAGCAGAGCGUUGCCGAUCACCCACAUCGGCACUGCCGCGGACGCCGCAGAGUUGCGCAGCCGCUCGGGAGUGCAGCCGCCCAGGGGUCGUGCUCCUGCCCUGGAGGCGGGCCGCGCCGAUCCCCCGUCGGGGGGCGGCUUGCCCGCGCUGACAGACCGCCCGGCCCCCCGGGCGGUGGGCGGGAAGCCCCUGUCAGCGUGGGCGGCGGCGCGCGCGAAGACUCCGCGUGCCGAGGGGGAGUCCAGGCGGCAGUUGAAGAAGAGGGUCGCGUCGCAGUUCUUCAAGCGCUGGGUGUCGGCCAAGAACGCGGCGAAGCCGAGCGAGCCGCAGAGGCGGGUGGCCGCGCUGACGUUGGGCCAGUGGAAGGCGGACAUCGCCUCGCGCAUGUGCCGCAGCGGCCCAAGCCAAAUGACAAUGCUGGAGAUCGGUUUCGGGAUCCUCACCAGUGUCAGGAGAAUGCCAAGUUGCACUGGAGAUUUCGCUAGAAGGUUCCCUGUGGGCGUCGCGCCACAAUCGCCGGAGGCUGGUGUCGGGCGUGAUGUGCUGCCCCUGCCAGUAAGGGAGCCGGCAACCUUUUUCGCUUGGGAACGUGAACUGAAGAGAAGAGGAAUGUUGGACGGUGAGGGAUCCCCCGUGGAUGUUACGAAGUGGCCAGCUGCUCUAAAGAAGGAGGCCCAAGCCAUGGCGGUCGAGGUGUGGUUUUUUUUCCUGAGCGUGCUGGGCCCGAACUACCUUUACCUUGGGCACCUGAGCAAGGACCGCCGGGAAGCAGCCGGGCGCCUUUCUGAGGUGCAGGCCGCCAGCCUACGUGUGAUCGGUGAGACGGUCGAGUGGCGCGUGGGCGACGCGUUGGCGGCGGUGGACAUCCCGUUCUGGCCUCAGGAGAUGAAGAAGACGAAGUCGAGCUACGAUCUGGAGGAGGACUGUCUGGCGCUCCCCUUGAAGUUCGGCGAGCUUGAGCCCGGCCUUCCCAAAACCGAAGAUAUCGGCCGCUUGGACGUGCUGGACUAUGUGGGGCCAGAGCUCAAGGAGGUGCUCACCAAACCCGAGAUGUCGCUCUUGCCGGAGGCCGAGUGGCCCGAGUCGCCUCCGAAGGCAAAGGUCAACGUCGAGAAGCUGGAGGACUGGUGGGCCAUCGCUGCCAAGCUGGUGGAGCGUGGACUGCUGGCCCCUAUACCAGCUGAGCGCAUCUUUGUGGCCCGCGGCCGUCGCGUCGCAAAUGGGUUGUUUGCUGUGACAAAGUCGGGGUCCCCAGCUGAGGGAGAGGCCAGAGUGACACGUUUGAUUUUCAACAUGGUCCCGACGAAUACGUACCUUCGACCGUUGGCAGGGGGCUCAGUGACUCUGGUACCCUCGCCGGCGCGGGUAAGCAUCUCCCCUGGCCCCGAGGAGGUGCUGCUCUGGAGUGGGGGCGACCAGGAGGGAGCUUUCUUCAUGUACCGCAUCCCUGCGCCGUGGCUGGGCUACAUGGCGAUCUGCGCCCCAGUCCCCGGCCAUGUUCUUGGCAUGAAGACCAAGGAGGUGUGGCUGGCCAUGACAGUGCUGCCCAUGGGCUGGGUGUACAGCGUCCCCAUUUUCCAGAGCGUCCACCGGUGGGUUGCGCUUCUGGGUCGCCCUGCUGGCGCCGCCCUCCCAGCUGACCUGGAGUGGCGGCGCGACCGUCCUAUCCCCGCCGCUGCAGCUGCUCCCCUGUCUCAUGAGGGCCCUCGCGAGUGGUGGAGUGUGUACAUCGACGACUUCGAUAACUGCGAGACGGCUGGGUGCAAGGAGGCGCUCGCGAAGGUGGGCACUCCUGGCCGCCUGCAGGCCCUGAUGAGGGAGAGUUACCAGCGGAAUGCAACCCCCAUCAGCGUGGACAAAGCCAACCAGAGGCAGCUCUUGGUCACGCGGAUGGGUGUAGAGGUGGACGGGAUCUCAGGCAGGGCCGCCAACAAUCGGAUAAAGAACGUGCAGCUGCACAGCCUUACCAUGUGGCUCCUGACAAUAGAGAACCCCCUCGGGAACCAGCUCCUCGUUCUCAUGGGACGUUGGGUGAGGGCGCUAGAGUUUCGACGUCCUCUCUUCGGGGUGUUCAACUCGGUGUGGGAGCAGAUUGGCUCGGGCCGUACUGUGUUGACCAGGGCCAGCCUGGGCGAGCUGAUGCACAGCAAGGCCAACUACGACCUCAUCAGGGCGCUCCAGGUCCCGAAGGCUCCUGCUGGCUCUUGGGUUGCCGCAGGGUGCUCCAGGGCCUCGGACACGGGCCCAGUCUGCGCGUUUCUCCAGCGGCGUGAGAAGACUGUCCCGUACAAGCCUGCAGGUUUAUCGACAGCGAGCCCAGAGGCCAUCCAGAGGUGGACCCAGGACCUGCACGCGUACCCUCCGUACCAGUACGAGCUAGUUCACAUGAUUCGGGGCUCCAAGGGGGACUUGAGGCCCUUGUGUGCCACGGAGAAGGAGGUGCUCAUGGGGUUCCCUCGCCACUACUCGUCGUCCGUAGCCAGCUCGGGCUCCAGCCGUGGCAGCGUUGAGAACGAUCGCUGCAGCCUCUUGGGGAACGCGUUCGCCUGCUGCGUCGUUAGCUGGCUGUUCCUCGGUCUGAAGUGCCAGUUGGGCUGGCCCGUCAGGGCGACUGACCUCGAGGGGAUCACGAGCGAGUUGGAGGUAAAGGACUUGCUCGACGAGUCGGUGGAGUUCUCGAGGGACCCCAUCAAGGAGACCCCCAUCGGCCGCAAGCUGGUCGAGAUUUUCUGGACGAUUGCCGAGAAGUCGGGGAGUGACAUCCGCCUCGACAUCGGUGUGCCUUUCCGCCCCAAGGCGUGGCCGCGAUCCUCGAUCGACCCGGCGCUGUGGCGCUGGCGGCCGACGCUGUCCUUUCCGUGGCCGAAGUCGUCGAGGGAGCUGCAUAUCAACGCGCUCGAGUUGAAGGCGGUGAACGCUUCCUUGCGGCACAGGACUCGCACUACAUCGUUCAGGAGCGUGAAGGUUCUGCACCUUGUCGAUUCCCAAGUUGCGGCUUCGAUACUGACCCGCGGCCGCGCGUCAUCGGGGAAGCUUCGAG